AUGAAGAACAAAGUGACAGUUGUUGGAAGUGGCAAUUGGGGCAGUGUUGCGGCAAAGCUCAUUGCUUCUAACACCGUUCGACUCAGCUCCUUCGAUGAUGAGGUAAGAAUGUGGGUGUUCGAAGAGAAAUUGCCAAGUGGGGAGAAGCUUACCGAUGUAAUCAAUAGAACCAAUGAAAAUGUCAAAUAUCUCCCUGGAAUCAAGCUUGGAAAAAAUGUAGUUGCAGACCCUGACGUUGAAAGUGCAGUAAAGGGUGCGAAUAUGUUGGUAUUCGUAAGUCCACAUCAAUUCAUGGAAGGAAUAUGCAAAAAACUUGUUGGGAAAAUAGGGAAAGACACAGAAGGUAUUUCCCUUGUGAAAGGAAUGGAGGUGAAGAAGGAAGGGCCAUGCAUGAUUUCCACCCUCAUUUCCAAAACAUUAGGAAUCAAUUGUUCUGUUUUGAUGGGGGCUAACAUAGCAAACGAGAUAGCCUUGGAGAAAUUUAGUGAAGCAACGGUUGGAUACAGCAAAAAUAAAGAAGCUGCUGAGAAAUGGGUUCAGUUGUUUGGAACUCCCUAUUUCAUUGUGUCAGCCGUCCAAGAUGUGGAAGGUGUCGAAAUGUGUGGAACUCUGAAAAACAUUGUGGCCAUAGCCGCAGGUUUUGUUGAUGGCAUGGAGAUGGGAAACAACACUAAAGCUGCAAUCAUGCGAAUUGGUCUGAAAGAGAUGAUAAAGUUUUCAAAGAUGUUGUUUCCAUCGGUUAAGGAUAGCACAUUUUUUGAAAGUUGUGGUGUAGCUGACCUUAUAACCACAUGCUUGGGUGGAAGAAACAGGAAAGUUGCUGAUGCUUAUGCAAAAAAUCAAGGGAAGCGGUCUUUUGAUCAGCUUGAGGCAGAGUUGCUUAAUGGCCAGAAAUUGCAGGGUGUAUUAACUGCAAAAGAGGUUUAUGAGGUUCUAAGUGAUCGAGGAUGGGUAGAGCAGUUUCCACUCUUCUCAACAGUUCAUGCAAUCAGCAUCGGUCGCCUUCCACCUUCUGCCAUAGUCGAACUUGGCGAUUCCAGGUCGGCAAAUAAACAGGUUGGUAACAGUACUCUUUGA